AUGGGACUUGUUCGAAAUACAAGCAUACCAGUUCUUCUAGUCUUGCUAUGUUGCUUUUGUUUAGAAUCUGACUCUGCUGGAGACACCAUUACAUCUUUUGAAGCCAUCAAAGACUCUGACUACAUAAUCUCCAAUGGGAAUGCUUUCAAACUGGGAUUCUUCAGCCCGGUAAAUUCUACCAAUCGCUACCUCGGAAUAUGGUAUAAUAAAAAAUCUGAUUUACCUGCCCAAUGGGUAGCUAACAGAGAUAAACCGCUCAAGGAUUCUUCUGGGGUUCUUACCAUAUCUGAGGACGGCAAUCUUGCAAUCCUAAAUGGACAAAAGGAGAUUCUUUGGUCAUCAAAUGUUACAAACUCUGUUGUCAAUUCGAGUGCCCAGCUUUUAGAUUCGGGGAACUUAGUCUUGCGAGAAAACACUACAGGGACAAUCAUAUGGGAGAGUAACCAACAUCCUACUGAUACACUCUUCGAAAAGGUGAAAUACAGUGGUAAUGGAAAAACGGGUGAGAAACUGCAGUUGACAUCAUGGAAAAGCCCUUCUGAUCCAUCCUUUGGAAACUUCUCGUCUGGUAUUCAACAUCGAAGUUUCUUUCAAGUAUUCAUUUGGAAAGAUGGUAGCCCCCUUUGGCGCAGUGGUCCAUGGAACACUCGGAUCUUUAUUGAAAUACCAAAAGAUAAUUCUGGAUUUAAUAACGGAUUUAGUCUAUUCGUAGAUAAUCAAGAUGGAACAAUUUCUCUAAGUUUUUCUUAUGAGGCCGAUAAUUUGUUUCAAUAUGUCCUGACUACGGAAGGAAAUAUGGUUGAAAGAUAUUGGGAUAAUGAGAAGGACGAUUGGAGGAUCGUUUGGAAUGCUCUGAACAGUGAGUGUGAUCAUUAUGGUACCUGUGGGGCAUUUGGAAGCUGUACUUCAUGGACUUCACCAAUUUGCAGCUGUUUACCAGGGUUUGAGCCAAAGAACACAGAAGAAUGGAAUAGAGGAAAUUGGACUAGUGGAUGUUCGAGGAGGACACCCUUGCAGUGUGAGAGGGUGAACACUAAUGGCGGUGAAGCCAGCAAAAUGGAUGGAUUUUUGAAACUGAAGAUGAUGAAGGUGCCAGACCUGGCAGAUUCAUCACCUGCUCUUGAAGACAAUUGCAGACAGCAGUGUUUAAAGAAUUGUUCUUGUAUAGCUUAUGCAUAUGAUAUUGGCGCUGGUUGUAUGUCAUGGACUAGAAACUUAAUUGACAUACAGAAAUUCUCCAGUGGCGGAGUUGAUCUUUACAUUCGUGUUGCCUAUUCAGAACUUGAUAAAGCGGGAGAUAUGAAAAGUCACAAUCACAGUGAUCAUAGGAACAUUUUUCAUUUCUGUCUGCACUUAUUUUCUGUGGAGGUGGAUGACAAAACAAAAAGGAAAACGAAAGCAGAGGAGAUCUUAUUGUUCAACAAAGGGAAAGCACGUCAAAAAUAUCAUAAUGACAACCUGAACCAAGUCAGAGUCCAAGAGCUACCACUAUUCAAUUUUGAGAAGCUGGCGAGUGCAACAAACAACUUCCAUCUAUCUAAUAAGCUUGGGCAGGGUGGAUUUGGUCCCGUAUAUAGGGGAAAAUUGUCCGAUGGACAAGAAAUUGCAGUAAAAAGACUUUCUAAAGCCUCCGGACAAGGGUUACAAGAAUUUAUGAAUGAGGUGAUAGUAAUUUGUAAACUCCAACAUCGGAAUCUUGUUAGACUCCUUGGUUGUUGUGUUGAAGGAGAUGAAAAGAUGUUGAUUUAUGAAUACAUGCCGAACAAAAGCCUGGAUGCAUUCCUCUUCGACCCAAACAAACAAAAAUUGCUAGAUUGGAGAAAACGGUUCAACAUUAUUGAAGGAAUUGGUCGAGGUCUGCUCUACCUUCAUAGGGAUUCUAGAUUAAGGAUUAUACAUAGAGAUCUAAAGGCAAGUAAUAUCUUGUUGGAUAAAGAGCUAAAUCCAAAAAUAUCAGAUUUUGGUUUGGCUCGGAUUUUUGGAGGAAAUGAAGACCAGGCCAAUACUAAUAGGGUUGUUGGAACUUAUGGCUAUAUGUCUCCUGAAUAUGCAAUGGAAGGACGAUUUUCAGAAAAAUCAGAUGUCUUCAGCUUUGGAGUGUUGUUACUAGAGAUAGUUAGUGGAAGAAGAAACACAAGCUUUCAUCAUGAUGAGCAAUGCAUGGGCCUUUUAGGAUUUGCAUGGAAAUUGUGGAAUGUAGACAACAUUGUAGCCUUAAUAGACCCAAUGAUAUCUGAACCUUGUUUGAAAAUAGAGAUUUUGAGAUGCAUACAUGUCGGAUUGUUGUGUGUGCAAGAUUUUGCCAAAGAGAGGCCGACUAUAUCUGCUGUUAUUUCCAUGCUUAAAAGUGAGAUUGUUGAUCUUCCUCGUCCAAAGCAGCCUGCAUUUACUGAAAGGGAGAUUGCUUUGUGUACAGAGUCCUCUCAAAGCAGCCAAAGUAAAUGCUCUAUUAACAAUGUUACUGUCACAGUGGUUGAAGGUCGAUAG